GUUCCCUAGAAAUAACAGCUUGGCUUCUCCAUUGUUCGUGCGCUCGGUUCUCACAGUCGGCGACGAUGACGAAGAAGAAGGAGAGGAAGGUCAACGUCUCCGGAAAACCCAGGCACUCGCUCGAUGUCAAUCGAAGCAAUGGCGCCGGGGUGGACAAAGGCGCCCGGACCGCCGCGACGGUGCGACGGCUCAAGAUGUAUAACAACAGGCCGAAGAGGGACCGAAAGGGGAAGGUUUUGAGACACGAGCUCCAGUCCAAGGAGCUUCCUUCUACCAGGAUUGAGCCCGAUCGUCGAUGGUUCGGAAACACGCGAGUUGUGAAUCAAAAAGAACUUGAAUUCUUCCGAGAGGAGCUGCAGAACCGACUCUCAAAUAACUACAAUGUGAUAUUGAAGGGAAGGAAACUUCCCAUGUCCCUUUUACAGGAUCAUCAGAAGCAAGCCAAGGCACAUCUUCUUGAUGCCGAGCCUUUUGCGGAUGCUUUUGGUCCAAAAAAGAAAAGAAAGCGCCCAAAACUUUUGGCAUUUGAUUAUGAAUCAUUGAUUCGAAGAGCAGAUACUUCUCAAGAUGCAUAUGAACAGAAAUCUGCUAAUAUUCCAUCAAGGGAGGAAGAUGAAGAAGAUGGCUUAAGAGACUUAGUAAGACAUACAAUGUUUGAAAAAGGCCAAAGCAAGCGGAUAUGGGGUGAGCUGUAUAAAGUUGUGGACUCAUCUGAUGUGGUAGUCCAGGUGCUAGAUGCACGGGACCCACAAGGUACAAGAUGCUACCACUUGGAGAAGCACUUAAAGGAACACUGCAAGCAUAAGCACAUGGUUUUCUUGCUGAACAAGUGUGAUCUAGUUCCUGCAUGGGCAACAAAAGGAUGGCUGCGUGUACUUUCUAAAGACUAUCCUACCUUAGCAUUCCAUGCAAGCAUCAACAAAUCCUUUGGCAAGGGUUCUCUUCUGUCAGUUCUUAGACAGUUCUCCCGUUUGAAGAGUGACAAACAAGCAAUAUCUGUGGGAUUUGUUGGAUAUCCAAAUGUAGGAAAAUCGUCUGUUAUCAACACGCUACGCACGAAAAAUGUUUGUAAAGUGGCUCCUAUUCCGGGAGAGACCAAGGUUUGGCAAUAUAUCACGUUGACCAAAAGGAUUUUCCUUAUUGAUUGUCCUGGAGUUGUCUAUCAGAACAAGGAUUCAGAAACAGACAUUGUUCUAAAGGGAGUGGUGCGUGUGACAAACUUGCAAGAUGCCUCUGAGCACAUAGGAGAAGUCCUGAAGCGUGUAAAAAAGGAACAUCUCCAGAGAGCAUAUAAAAUUAAUGAUUGGACUGAUGAGGAAGACUUUCUUGUCCAGUUAAGCAAAUCAACAGGAAAACUUUUGAAGGGGGGUGAAGCUGAUUUAAUGACGGUUUCAAAGAUGAUUCUGCAUGACUGGCAAAGAGGUAAAAUACCCUUCUUCGUGCCACCACCUAAGCAAGAAGGUGAGUCAUCAGAGAAACCUGAUUCUCCUGCGCCAGGCACAGAGCCGACAGAUAGCUCUGACAAGACAGCUGCUGCAAUGAAAGCCAUAGCAGGUAUAAUUUCAUCGCAGCAACAAAUGCUCGUUCCAUCUCAUGAACUACUUAACGAUGAUAAGUCAACUGAUGAGAAGCUGGCAGAGCCUGUGGAAGAUGCUUCCUUGCAAGAAGGCUAAGAGCAUCCGUCCAUCCUCAUCUUCUUGAAAUAAGUUCUUACUUUUAUCUUCUAAACUGCCCGUAUAUUCUGUUGUUUUAUGAUGUGAACAGAUUCCAGGAAAUUGUUUAGGUUGCUCGGUAUGUCUAAUAGUUACUAAUCCUUAGUUAAAAUCAAAGCACUAGUCUGGCUAGCAUUAUCCUA